GCAGGCGCCCGGAACUGGGCGAGGGCCUGCCGACUGGCAUGCGGGCCGUGCAGGACUGCGCAGGACCUGUACGUGCAGCAGCUCGCCGCCAUCGCCGCCCGGCGCCCGGCGGCCGGCGGCGAGACGGCCGAGGAGAUCGCGGCUCGCUGGGCAGAGGCGCUCAAGGCCAUGGACCCCCAGCAGUUCCCAGUCCGCAUCGAGGGCAUCCUGCCGGUCCCGAGCGCCGUGGGCGACCAGGAGGUGCCGAAGGGAGGCCCUGGUGCGCCCGGGCUCGCCCUCGCGCGCCGCCGAGCUGGCGGCCACGGCCCGCGCGCUGGGCGCGGGCGGAGGCGUCCCGAGGGCGACGUCCGAGGCGGCCCUGCCCUCAUUGGCGGGCCCCGCCUCGCGGAGGAGACCGCGGCCCCGCGGCGGCAGCAGCCGCGAGGCGAGUCGGAGGCCGAGACCCACAAGCGGGCCGAGGCCCUCCUGGCCACGCGGCCCGGCAGCGCCCCGGAGCCCAAGGGCGACAGGCUGCGCAGGGUGUCCUCGGCCCCGGCAGCCCGAGCAGGCUCCAAGCCCGUCCGCGUCCUCCUGACGGGCGCGGGCGCGCCCUUGGCUGGCGCCGGGCCGACGGUGACCUCCGCUGCCACGAAGCGGUGACGCGCGCCUGGCGCCGCCGUGCGGGCGCCCCGCUGUCCCCCCCGCCGUCCUGUCUCCCUCCUCCCAAAGAGCGGGCUCCUGCCUCGCCCGCUCGUUCGUCUCACCUGCUUCCCCGUCGUGUCCGCGCCCAUGCCCUCCCCUGUGCGCUUCCCUGUGCUGUCCUGUGUCCUCGGCGACUGCACUUUGGCCGGACUUGUGCGCGCCGCCCCGGCCCGGCGCUGUGCCCUGCGGCGGCGGGCCUGCGGCAGCAGCAGAA